GAAUAAUACCCAAAAAUCUAAAAUUAGAUAAAAAUCUAUUGGAUUGGACAAUCAUCAAUCAGACUCGCAUUGCCACUUGUGAGUCUGUGACCAUAUCAAAGCAAUCCAGUCAAAAUUGGACUCUUUAUCACUUUAUAUAUACACAAACAAUAUAUAUAUGCCCUAUCUUUACACAAUUCCCACUGUAACAACACUCAAUAAGUACACACCAAAACCCUAUUCUGCCCUCUCUGUUUUCUUCCCAGUUCCCCCACCGUUUUCUGGUGUCACAAUUGACGGUUCCGCCAAACUUUUUUCGAUCGGUUUCCCGAGAAAAUUGUUAUUUUCCGGGAAAAUUGAACUCAAUGAAGGAAGAUGAGGCUCUACCGGACAAUUUGCGUUGCCGCAGAACCGACGGCCGACAAUGGCGGUGCACACGGCGAGUCAUGGACGACAAGAAGCUCUGUGAGAUUCACUACAUCCAAGGCCGUCGCCACCAACACAAGGGAAAAGACCCGGAGUCUCUGAAACUCCAAAGAAAGCCGAAGAACAAAAGGCGAAAUCAAGACUCCGAGCUUCAGAAUCUUGAAAUUAGGGCAAGAAAGAGAGAGAGAGUUUCGAAGAAAGCGAAGCGGAGCCAAACGAUCGGCGCUUCCGAGGCAUUGGACGAGGCAUUGAAGAAGAUGAAACUGAAGAGAGGCGAUUUGCAGUUGGAGCUGAUCAGAGAGUUCUUGAAGAGGCAAGUGGAGAAGAAGAAGGAGAGAGAAUCGGAGAGAAGUGACAGAGAAGUGACGAGAGAAUUGCCCUAUGGACUCAUGGCAAUAUCGCCUUCGCCGCCGUCUCCGUCGCCGCAGCAACAAAUCGGCAAUGCCGGUCCGUGCAAUGUCAAAUUAGGGCUUGAUUCGAGUUCUUUUCCAAGGAGGUGCUUUCGAUCGAAGAACAUCGAGCCAAUUCCGAUUGGUUCAUUUCAGAUCGUACCCUGUGCGCGAAAGGACAAGAAUUUGAAGAAAAGAAGAAGGAAGAAUUGCCAUUGGUGUCGUAAAAGCAGUUAUCGGAUUCUAAUAAAGUGUUCGACUUGCCGAAAAGAAUUCUUCUGCACAGAUUGUAUCACAGAACGGAAUUUUGACAAGCAAGAAGUUAGGAUGUCAUGCCCAGUAUGUCGUGGAACUUGCAGCUGUAGGGCAUGCUCAAAAAAUCAAUCUAAAGACCCUAAACACAAGGAUCUUUUUAGGGAUAGAAAGCUGGUUGACAAGCUUUAUCUUCUUCAUUAUCUGAUCUUUAUGCUACUUCCGGUACUGGAACAAAUAAAUAAAGACCAGAGAAUUGAGCUGGAAAUAGAAGCAAAAAUAAAAGGCAAAACACCCUCAGAAGUCCAGAUUCAGCAUAUUGGAUUUGGGAACAAUAACUUAUAUUGCUGCAGUAACUGCAAAAGUUCUAUUGUGGAUUUCCAUAGAAAAUGCACAACUUGUUCCUACAAGUUAUGCUUAAGUUGUUCUUUGGAGAUUUGUCGAGGAAGUGCACUGGGAAAUAUUCAAGAAUCUCUCUCCAAAAACCCCAAUAGAAGGAAAGCUUGUAUGACUGGUGACAAGCUUCUGUCGAAUGCGAAGCAUAUAAGCAUCUCAAGGCGAAGCUGUGACAGUACAUACCUUGCUUCUUCCAUGUUAUUGCUAAACUGGAAAGCUUGUGAUGAUGGCAGUAUAUCUUGCCCACCUGUGGCUUUUGGUGGUUGUGGUGAUGGCCUUCUUGAUUUAAGAUGUGUCUUCCCUUUCAACUGGACCAAAGAGCUUGAAGUAAGUGCAGAAGUAGUAGUUUCCAGUUCUGACUUUCCAGGGACUUCAGAUGUUUCUUCAUGCUGCUCACCAUGUAGAGGCAUGGAUCAUAAAGUUGGUGGCACCAAGUUCUUGCAAGGAGUGGUUGCAAGAGAAGAUUCCAAUGACAACCUUCUAUAUUAUCCUGCUGUACAGGAUCUUUGUGAUGAAAGAAUUGAACACUUCCAGAAGCACUGGGGUAAAGGUCAUCCUGUUAUAGUUCGAAAUGUGAUUGAGGGUGCUUCGGAUUUGAGUUGGGAUCCAGUUGUCAUGUUCUGUACUUACCUUGAGAAGAGCAGUGCCAAACCUCAAAGUGACAAGGACUCCGUUAAAGCUACAAAUUGCUUGGAUUGGUGUGAGAUAGAAAUUGGGGUUAAGCAGAUAUUUAUGGGGUCUCUGGAGGGGCGGACACAUGCAAAUGUGUGGCGUGAGAUGCUGAAAUUUAAAGGUUGGCUUUCUUCUCAUAUAUUUCAAGAACAGUUUCCAGCUCAUUAUUCUGAGAUAAUACGCUCUCUACCACUUCAAGAGUAUAUGAAUCCAACAUCCGGUCUGCUAAAUGUAGCUGUGAAGUUGCCGCAGGAAAUACCAAAGCCUGACUUAGGUCCAUGCAUUUAUAUCUCAUAUGGAGGACCUGAGGAACUUAUGCAGGGUGAUUUUUUGACAAAACUAUGUUAUGAAUCUUAUGAUGUGGUUAAUAUUCUGGCACAUGCUACGGAUGUUCCUAUUUCCACAGAACAGCUUUCUAACAUCAAAAAGUUAAUGAAGAAGUAUAAGGCUCGAGAUCAUAGGGAGGCUGCUACCAUUGAUAAAAAAGAAACAAAUGAAGUGAAAGGAGAAUCACCACUGCAUAGUGAAAAUACUGAAGAGUUAGGUUUGCAGGACAUGAUUGGAGAAGGGUUGGACUUACCCAAUGGAGUUGCUAGUGUAUCUUUAUACUCUGGUGACUCACAUAAAGACAGUAUCUUAAGUGUUGAAGACAAAGAUAGGUCCCAUGCCAAGGAACAUGAUCCUGAAUUUGAUUCUGAGGCCUCAAUACUUCUUAGCGGAACCAUUCAGAGCUCUGAAGAAUCAGAUGAUCAGAAUUCUGUCCAGGAUGAUAUAGAGAGCGCUGGUUAUUCUAGAAAGAAACUAGAAUAUAAUUCUUGCGGUGCCCAAUGGGACAUUUUCCGGAGACAGGAUGCCCCAAAGCUUAUAGAAUACCUCAGAAGACACUCUAAUGAGUUCAGCCACACAUAUUGCUUUCCAAAGCAAGUUGUUCAUCCAAUUCUUGAUCAGUGUUUCUUCCUUGAUGCAGCUCAUAAAAUGAGGCUUAAGGACGAGUUUAAUAUUGAACCAUGGUCUUUUGAACAACACCUUGGAGAAGCUGUCAUCAUUCCUGCUGGAUGUCCGUAUCAAAUUAGAAAACUUAAGUCCUGUGUUAAUGUCGUUUUGGACUUCAUUUCACCGGAAAAUGCCAAAGAAUGCAUCAAUUUGAUUGAUGAACUGCGUCUACUUCCUGUACAUCAUAAAGCCAAAGCAAAAAUGUUAGAGGUGAAGAAAAUGACCCUUUAUGGUAUCAGUGCAGCAAUUAAAGAAGUCUGUAAACCUAACACGUGCAAAGACCAGUGAUGAGUUUAUGAAGCGACGACCGAAAAUCCAAGAGAUUCAUGGGAACCUUAUAUCAUCAUCAUUCACCGUAUCGUGACCUACAUGGCAAUUUUGUUAUGUAAGUAGCAUGUAUUCUGUGUAACAUUUUUUGCUUCAUCUGUGCAUUCCCUCCUUCCAUUUUCCUAACCCCUCUCCUCCAUCUUCGCAUUUUGCUUAUGUAUACAAAAUAAUUAUCUGUCAGUACAUGAAAUAAAAUGGGAUAGAAACAAUUUUUAUGUAUGUUUUUUUUUUUUUUCCUAAACAAUUUUAUGUAUGUUUCAAAGGCCUUUUGGUAGCUCUGUCACUUGUGAAACAACAAACAAUAAUGCAGGCUGAAUGAUAUAUGAGCUUUGUAUUUA